GCUUCUAGGCGAGGACAUGUCGGGAAGAGGGAACGGAGUUUCUUCGGCUUUGGCAUUGUCAAAUGCAAUCACAAACUUAGCAGGUGAAUUAAAAUGAUCAAGAUUUGAUUUUUAUCCAUCUUGUUGAUCAUCUCUUUGAUUGGACUAUGGGGAAAUGCAGCUUCUGCGUAUGGAGAAAUGAAGAAAUUGGAACCGAUGGCGCCCGACACCAAAGUGAAGUGGAAGAAGGAGAUAGAUUGGCUUCUCUCUGUCACUGAUUCCAUCGUUGAGUUCGUUGCUGUCACACAAACCAAGGAUGAUGGAACCACCUUUGAGGUGAUGGCGACGAGGCAGAGAAACGACCUGCACGUGAACAUUCCUGCGCUGCGCAAGCUUGACACGAUGCUUCUUGACUGUCUGGACAACUUCAAGGAGCCGCACGAGUUUUACUACGGAUCAAAGGAUGGCAACAAGGGCGAAAAGACCCAGAGAAGCGACGACAAAUGGUGGAUUCCUGUGCCUAAGGUGCCCCCGAACGGGCUGUCCGAUCACAACAGAAAAUGGCUGCAGCAUCAGAAGGAUUCAGUGAACCAA